AUGGGUCUGAUUGCUGAGAAAUCGGAGUGCUUUCUCUCUGCGGUGUUGUGUGCUAUGUUACUUGCAAGCGUUAGUGAAAAUGCAGUUCAUGCAGUAGUCCGUCUGGCUGGUGGGAACGCGGCGCAUGAGGGGAGAGUAGAAAUAUUCUACCGCUGUAACUGGGGUACUAUCUGUAAUCAUGACUGGCGUAUUGAAGAGGCUAAUGUCGUCUGUCGACAGCUCGGCUACACGUCUGCAACUGACGCCUGGCGGGAUGCUCACUUUGGUCCGGGAUCAGGACCAAUACUCCUGGCCGACGUCAGAUGCCGUGGCAGUGAAUCAAGCAUUGAACAAUGCGAUCAUGAUGGAUGGUACAAUCAUGGCUGUGGGUUUCAUGACUAUGAUGUUGGAGUCACUUGUAACGAUACAUUAGAUAAUCCAGUCACAGUUCGUCUAACAAAUGGCAGUAACUCGUUUGAUGGACGAGUAGAAAUAAACCACAACGGAGAGUGGGGUACAAUUUGUGAUGAUGGCUGGAGCAUUGAAGAUGCCAACGUCGUCUGCCGACGACUCGGCUAUCCUCCUGCAUCACAGGCCUGGCAGGGUAGUCACUUUGGUGAAGGAUCAGGACCGAUUCUUCUGAGUAACGUUACUUGCAAUGGCACCGAAUCAAACAUACACCUAUGUGAACACAGUGGAUGGUUCAAUCACAGCUGCAGUCAUGCAGAAGAUGCCGGAGUGACUUGUGGGGAGCAACUCAUUGUCAAUACCUCUUCACCAGUUCUGGUGCGUCUCGUGGGUGGGAACACACCCAAUCAAGGAAGAGUGGAAGUGUACUAUGGGUGUAACUGGGGUACAGUCUGUGACGAUGGCUGGAGUAUUGAAGAUGCCAAUGUCAUCUGUCGACAGCUCGGCUAUUCUUCUGCAUAUCAGGCCUGGCGGUAUGCUCACUUCGGUCAAGGAUCAGGGCUUAUUUUACUGGAUGAUGUCGCCUGCACUGGACACGAAUACAGCAUUGAUCAGUGUAAUCACAGAGGAUGGUUCCUCCAUAACUGCUACCACGGAGAAGAUGCUGGAGUGACAUGCCUUGUAACAAUUGCUUCCCCAAUUCCAGUUCGUCUUGCCGAUGGGAACGCCCCUAAUGAAGGAAGAGUUGAGCUGUUCUACGAGUGCAAUUGGGGAACAAUCUGUAGUAAUAACUGGAGCUUAAAAGAGGCAAAUGUCAUCUGUAGACAGCUCGGCUACUCUUCCGCGUCACAUGUCUGGCGGAAUGCUCACUUUGGUGAAGGGUCAGGACCGACUCGACUGGAUUAUGUUGCAUUCCCAGUUCGUCUUGUCAAAGGAGCCACGCCUUAUGAGGGCAGAGUGGAAGUGUACUACCAAAACCAAUGGGGUACGAUCUGUAGUAAUGGAUGGGGCAUCGAAGAUGCAAACGUCAUCUGUCGACAGCUCGGCUAUCCUUCUGCAUCACCCACCCCCCAGAAUGCCUAUUUUGGGAAAGGUUCAGGUUUAAUUCUUUUGGAUAGUGUUGGUUGUAAUGGCACAGAAUCAAGCAUCGACCAGUGUGAUCACAGCGGAUGGUUGAACAAUAACUGUGAUCAUAGCCAGGAUGUUGGUGUGACUUGUGAUUUCUUAAACCCAUUAACAGUUUCAGUACGGCUUGUGAAUGGGGAUGCACCUAAUGAAGGUAGAGUGGAAGUGUACUACAGAGGCCAAUGGGGAAGCAUCUGUGGUUCCAACUGGAGGAUAGAAGAGGCCAACGUCGUCUGUCGACAGGUCGGUUACCCUUCUGCAUCCCAGGCCUGGGUGGAUGCUCACUUUGGUCAAGGAUCAGGACCGAUUCUACUUGAGAAUGUUGCAUGUGAUGGACAUGAAUCGAACAUUGAUCAAUGUGAUCACAGUGGCUGGGAUAGUCAUUACUGCAAUCAUUACUAUGAUGUCGGAGUAACUUGUGACCUUACCAUUCCGACACCUGUGUUGGUACGCCUUGUCGAUGGCAGCACUCCUUAUGAAGGUAGAGUGGAGCUCUACUAUCAGUGCUAUUGGGGUACAAUAAGUGAUCAUCACUGGACCAUCGAAGAUGCCAACGUUAUCUGUCGACAGCUCGGCUACUCUUCUGCAAUGCAGGCCUUGGGUUAUGCCCACUUUGGUCCAGGAUCAGGACUUAUUGUCUUGAGCAACGUUGAGUGUGAUGGAUACGAGUCAAGUAUCGACAGAUGUGACCACAACGGAUGGUAUGCAGCCAAUGACUACUACGGCUACCCUGAUUAUGACCGUUGGAAUGAUGUUGGUGUGGUGUGUAAUGUUACACUUCCCUUUUUACCUGUCUUGGUGCGUCUUGCCAAUGGUAGCAACCCUUAUGAAGGGAGAGUAGAAGUAUACUACCAAGACCAAUGGGGUACAAUCUGUGAUGAUGGCUGGAACAUUGAAGAUGCCAACGUCAUCUGUCGACAGCUUGGCCUCCCUCCUGCAUCACAGGCCUGGCGUGGUGCUCACUUUGGCCAAGAAUCAGGACCUAUUCUCCUAAGCAAUGUUACCUGUAUUGGCAACGAGUCAAGCAUUGACCAAUGCGAACAUAAUGAAUGGUUCAGCCAUAACUGCAAUCCUGCGGACGAUGUUGGAGUUACUUGCGGAGAAUCACGUAAUAUCACAACCCGUGCACCGGUUUCAGUUCGUUUGGUUGAUGGGGGCACUUCUCAUGAAGGGAUCGUUCAAGUAUAUGAUCAAUGCCAGUGGGGUUCCAUCAGUAGCUAUCAGUGGAGCAUCAAAGAAGCCAACGUUGUCUGUCGACAGCUUGGCUACCCGUCGGCAUCCCAGGCCAAGAUGUACGACUUCUAUAGCCAACGGAUAGGCCUGGUUCUCCUCACGAAUGUCGCAUGCAUUGGAAAUGAGUCGAAAAUUGACCAAUGUGAUUACACGAGCAUUUUUGAUGACACGGAUCAUUACUAUUAUGAUGAUAUCAUCGUGGGAGCAACCUGCAAUCCUACAACCCUUCCACCUGUGUUAGUCCGACUUGCAGACGGGAACACGCCACAUGAGGGCAGAGUGGAAGUUUACUACAAAUGUCAGUGGGGAACUAUUUGUCAGAGUAACUGGGAAACUGGCUGGAACAUAAAGGGAGCCAACGUCAUCUGUCGACAGCUUGGCUACCCUUCUGCAUCCCAGACCUGGCGGAAUGCUCACUUUGGUCAAGGAACAGGGCCGAUCCUCCUGGCCAAUGUUAAAUGUGAUGGGGACGAAUCCAACAUUGAUCAGUGUGACCACGCAGGAUGGUUUAUUCAAUACUGUGACACUCAUGAUAAUGAUUUUGGAGUAACGUGUGACGUAGCAGCUUUUUCACCAGUACUGGUGCGUCUUGCCGAUAGUAGCAACCCUAACGAAGGUAGAGUAGAAGUGUACUACCAAGACCAUUGGGGUACAAUCUGUGAUGAUGGCUGGAACAUUGAAGAUGCCAACGUCAUCUGUCGACAGCUUGGCCUGCCUCCUGCAUCACUAGCCUGGCGUGGUGCUCACUUUGGCCAAGGAUCAGGACCUAUUGUCCUGAGCAAUGUUACUUGUAAUGGCAGCGAGUCCAGCAUUGAACAAUGUGACCACAGUGGAUGGUUGCAUAAUAGCUGCACUCAUGAAGACGAUGCUGGAGUUACCUGUGGAGAUAACAAUAUGAAUGCAACCUCUGAACCAGUCCGCCUGGUGAACGGGAACAUGCCGAAUGAAGGAAGAGUGGAAGUGUACUACAAAUGCUUCUGGGGUACAAUCUGCCAUAGUGGUUGGAGCAUCAGAGAUGCCGAUGUCAUUUGUCGACAGCUCGGUUACCCUUCUGCAUCCCAGGCUUGGUGGAAUGCUCACUUUGGCCGAGGAUCAGGGCCUAUUCUACUCAACGACGUUGCCUGUAAGGGAACCGAAGAAAGCAUUGACCAAUGCGAGCACAGUGGAUGGUUUAACCACCAACAGUGUCCGCACUCCAACGAUGCAGGAGUGACUUGCAACACUGAUGUUGACGCUACCUUUCCUCCAUUGGAUACCGAACCUCCUGUCAUUACAUGCCCAGCAAGAUUGACAGUGGAGACUGAUUCAGGCCAAAACUUUGCUACAGUCUCACUACCCGCAGCUGCUUCGGUUUCUGAUAACUCUGACGUGGUUGCCGUAUUCAUCAAGUUAGAUGGUUCUGCGCAAAAUUACAAUUAUCAGGCUAACGAUGACGUCAUUUUGAGCCUUCUGGGGUCGCCACAUUUGUUGCAUUACACCGCCUUUGAUGACUUUAACAAUUGGGCAUCAUGUGACAUGUACAUUGAGAUUGUUGAUCACGAACCCCCUGAAGUCCUCGGUUGUCCGGAUGACGUCAUCAUUCCCGUCAUCUCAUCUUCCAACCAAGCGUCUCAUAGGUGGACGCCUCCAAUGACCUCUGACAACUCCAAUACCGAGGUAGAUGUGACAUUUACCUGCCAGGUACCCCCGCCUGGUGAAUGUUACCAAGCUGGUCAAGGUACAUUUCCGGUUGGGGUGUCUAUGGUGAGGUACACAGCUAGAGAUCAGUCUGGGAAUGAGAACAUCUGCAAGUUUUGCAUUACAGUUACAGGUCAGUGUGAAACCGAAAAAUACGCAGGUUUGACAUGGCCUGUGACGUCAGCAGGAUCAACUGCAAAGUCCUUGGAGAGAUGUCCACUUGAUACCAUUAAUGCCGGUGAACCUCGAGCUGUGAGGAACUGUUCGGUUGUAGAGCCUCCUGUGUACGUCCAAUGGGAGGAGCACGAGCCUCGUAGCUGUGGUGAAAAUAGGGACGAGGUUACCUUUGCGGACGUUGAACAGGUGGAGGUUAGUACAGGAAACGUGGUUGAAGUGGUCAAGUUUCUGGCCAGUCAGACGUCAGCGUCAUCUGAGGAUUCAGAAGAUGUGGAGGCGGUUUCCAACAUUCUUGCGAACAUUGUCGGGGCAGGAUCUGGUGACACGGAGGUUACUGAAUUGGUGUUGAAGACUGUAAGCAAUGUCAUCAUGAGUGUUGGGAAAACUCCUGACUCCCAGACUCCCGAUAUCAAUGCUGGUAACUCCUCAGCUAUCAUACAGUCCGUAGAGCAUCAGGUUUCCUUGACCUUGAGACAAGAAGGGAAGCUCAGUAUUCGUCAGGACACCAUUCAUGUCGAGGCGGUCAGUGUGGAUCCAACACUGGCUCAAAAUGGACUCAGCUUUGUAUCUGUACGACAUCCUGGACAAGGGUCACCACAAGAGGGCUCACUUGUUGGUACUGAAGUCCAGACGUUCAUGGAUAGCAACAACAUCCCUUUGGGUAUCGAUGUGUUGGCAUCGGUUCAAUUACCAGGGAAAAUCAUUGACUCGAUUGAAUCAUCUGACAGUGAUAGCUCUGCCCAACUGCAGGCCAGUUUUCUGAUCUACGCUGACGAUACGUUGUUCCAGUCCACUUUAAUCAGAGAGAAUCGAGGGGAGAACAACUUGACUCGUAAGGUCGCUGGAUAUGUCGUCUCACUGACUGUGGAGAAUGCUGAACUUGUCAACCUUACUAAGCCAGUCGUGAUCAAAUUCAAGGCACCUGAUCAUACCACGAAUGAAGAGUUAGAGACGAUCCAGUGCGUUUCCUGGGACUUUGAACUUGAAGACGGAGUCGGUGAUUGGUCACCAGCUGGCUGCGCGCGAACACAACUGCCCAAUGAGCAGGUCUCCUGUAACUGCGACCACGCAACAAACUUUGCCAUCCUCGUGGAUGUGAAGGGCCAGGUACCUGAUGGUAUAUAUAACGCUCCUGCCCAGAAAGCACUUGAUAUCAUCAGCCAGGUUGGCUGUGCAUUAUCAAUCAUAGCUCUGGCCAUAACGUUGAUUAUAUACCUAGCUAUCAGGAAGCUACGAAGCGGCAAAUCUCGUCAGAUCUUCGUUCAUUUCUGCUUCUCCCUGUUCAUGUUGUACAUCGUGUUCCUUGCCGGCGUGGACAACGCCAAGGUUAGUGGUUGUGCGUUCGUGGCAGCUUUACUCCACUACUUGACUCUGUCCACUAUGAUGUGGAUGGCCGUUGAAGCCAGGAACAUGUACGUCAGUACGGUGAAGGUGUUCCCAGAAGACACGCCUCGAUACAUGCUCAAGGCUUGCCUCAUCGCUUGGGGCUCACCAUUGUUCGGCUUGACAAUCACCUUAGCUGCAGCGUCACAUCACUAUGGUAACGAGCAUUAUUGCUUCCUUGAGCCUGGUCUUGUGCUGUACCUCGGCCUCCUUGCUCCCAUCGGUCUGAUCCUCAUCCAUAACAUCAUCACGUUCAUCUUGGUCAUGCGCAGUCUCGUGAAUGUCAGAGAAGCCUCUCACUCCCAGCAGAUCUCUAAACGCCUCCAGAAUGCCGUAGCCAUCUCGGCACUCAUGGGCUUGACCUGGUGUUUUGGGUUUCUGGCCAUCGAAGGAGCGACUUUCGCUUUCCAACUUAUCUUCUGUCUGACCAACUCCUUGCAGGGCCUGGUUGUCUUCUUCAUGUUUUGCGUUCGUCGUGAGGAGGUUCGUUCCGGCAUUGCACCGUACUUCAGUCGCUUUAGGUACCGUUUGGAAAUCACAAGCCCUGCCAAGUCCAACGAUACUGAGAUGAUUUCAAGAUCGGCAGUUCCGACUUCAAUAUCCAGCAUCAAAACCUUCAGCUCUGAUGUCUCCAUUACUGGAACCCAGUAAACUUUGACAUUAAGAACAAAAAUCAGUAUCGUUUUAAAAUCUUAAUUUAUAUGGGAUCGUCCUGGUAUUAA